AUGUCCUUUUUGAACAGCACGGUAGAGCUUUUGUUCAUAGACGGCACGCGGGUCGAUCUCCUUCUGGACGGCAACUUCGCGGCCACUUGUGGACUGGGAGGCGAGGCACAGGCACUUCGUGUCGGUGAUCUAAGAGCGUAUCUUUUCAGAAAUUGGACCCGACUAUCGACCUCUGGCACCAGGAGAGGCUUAGAAGCAGACAACGCUAUCGAACCUCCAACAAUAGAAGAACAAAUUCAGUUAUUGCAUCUGGGCAGCCGAUUGGAUCCGAACGAGUAUCUGGAGGCUCUCAAGCUGGACCUUUCGCCGAUAAUACACCUACUUGUGAAACCGAUUGAUCAGCUGUGCUCCUCAUCAAAGGAGCGCAAGCUGGAUUUAAAAAUAGGCUCCAAUGCACGGAGCGGCCAACGCAGCAGUAAGAGGCGUGGAUCGCACUCAAACACUCCUGUUCCCGCAUUUGUGCCCCAUGCAAGACCGUCUAUCACCAGCACGGCCACAGAGGAUGCUCUGGAGACGGCUGGCACGCCACGCGCCUCCGAUGCGGCCAAUACGGGUGCACAAGAACUAUCGGAUUUGUCGAAAACACACACUAGUAACAACCCUGCGGAGGACAUCGCUGCCAAACAAAACACCCUCACACAGAACGACGCUCGCCACGCAGCCCGCCACACGUCUCUUCCGCCAGCCUCGGCGGCCCAGACCUCGAAAUCCGGUUGCUGUCUAAUUGUAUAG